UUUUUUCGAACUCUCUCGAUAACCUCCCCGCCCACCUAUAAAACCACUCACAUUCGAACCCUAUUCACAAAAAUCCACCAUUUUCUCUGUGUGCGCAUUUAUCUGUAUACAUUAUUCGGCAUUUGCAGGUCGGAGAAUCUGAUCGGAGCAAGUUGUGAUCGACGAUCGGAGUUGAAAGUUCGUUAUUCAAAGUGUUCUGCGUUAGCUUCCUUUUAUAUUUCACUUUUGUUUUUGCUCCGUAAUUCCGUUUUUCGCUCUUCUCAUUUCUAUUGAAUUUACUUAUAUAGGUAGGUGGAUUAUAUGAAUUUUGCGCUAUUAUAUAGUUUCCUCCAAGUAUUAUUAGACCUGUAAUGACGCCUAUCUACUGAUCUCUAUUUUUCGUCUUAUUCUUCUGAUUUGUCGUUCGUUGCAUUUCAUCCUCUAUGUCGGAAUCUAUGAAAUGUUUGUGCUGGUGAAUUUAUAGGUUUUGUUUGCUUAGAGUGAUUAUAAUGGAUUUGCCUUUGUUUGUAUGUGGAGAGAUACUUUUGAUGGAGUUCGUAGAAUUUGUGUUGUGUUGAUUGUGCUCUCGUCUAGGUUCCAUUUGUUGUGGAAUCUAUAAGAUUUGUGAUUGUUGUGUUAUGGAAAAAAGAAAGAGAAAGCGACUCUGUUGAGAUUAUGUUUCAGUGCCAUGAGAUCAUGAAUAAUUGGUUUGCGUGCUAUUGUGUUAUGAAUGGUUGCCUUGCAAAUGCCUAUGUUGAAUUAGAUGGUUAUGUAGCGUAUGUAUCUUAGUGGAAUGCUGCUUUAUAUCACUGAGCUUUUGAGCUUUGUGGUUAUAUUAAUCCUAUCCACAAUUUUUUAUUCACGUAGUGUAUAAUCCUCAGUUUCAGGGCUUUUGCCUUGGCUGAUUGAUUGCAUGAGACCUUCACUUUUGAUUGAUUGAGUGGCAGCAAAAUAUAUCCGUAGGAACGAUUGACAACUAAUUUGGCAUUCUUUGGGCUUAGAAUAGUUGAUGAAAUUAUCUAGUUUUACUCUUAGCCUUGAAAAAAUCAUAGUUAAAUAUAUAGGUACCCACAGGUUUAAGAUAUGGGGUACCUGUGUGGGUGGUUUAGCUAUAUUGAUGUUUUGUGACGGUUUAUAAACUGCAGUUAUCAAGUAAAAUUCCAGUGAGAAGAUGAUGAGGAAUUUAAAGAAAAAGCAUAUAGUAAAGAUCUUGAUUAAACAAAUACUCUUCUUUUUUCCUGUUCGGUCCCUUUUUGGUUAUGAAGACGGAGACUAUAAACACAAGCAUUUAUAAGCAUGUAUUUGGUCAAUCUGAAGUUGCAAAGCUGGUGUCUCGAUCAAAUGCAAGUAGUAGUCAUGAUAGUGCCAUACUCAUUGGACAUCUAUGUCAAUCUUCUGUUCAGUUUGUUCAUCACUCUUUCCUUUUUCUAUUUUGCGUUAAACUUCUGAUGCUGGUAUCCGUCGAGGCUAUUGGUAUUUGCAACUCACUUUUCUUUCAAUAAUAAUAGGCUGACUUAGGAUAGGGAGUUUCUAGUGCUUUCCAAGCCUUCUGGUAUGCUUUAUCUUCCAACCAAUCUAAUUUUGGGCUCUUGAAGGAGAUCAUCUGGUAUAUGUGGUUGUAGCUGUUCUUGACUGCUAUAAUGGAAGUGUAAACUCUACCUACUUUCACAUGAGAGGUAGACACUGGACUGUGGAAAAAUAAGAUAUCGUGGCACAUGAUGCUUUUUGUUUUGCAACUUUAGUUUUUGUGAAUUUUAGUAAAAUGCUAGGCAUGUGCGAUGAUGAGGUCUUUCGUUAACAAAGAUAGGCCUUGGGGUGAAAAGGUGAACAAAAAAGAAAGGAAAAUAGAAAGAUGACCACCGGAGGCUGGAGAGUAUGGAUCAGUUGGAUGUUGUAACCCAACAGAUAAGAUUUUCCUUUCUGACAAUGAAAAAAUCCAACUAACAGACUGUAGGAAUUUAUAAAAUUCUUCUUCAGGGUAAGAUUCCCUUGUUAAAGUGACAUGGUGCAGAAGCUCAGACAGAGGUUGGACUUCCCUUCAUCAGUAUCUCUUUAAAUGGAGUUCUCCAAGAAUGAAGUCAUCAUGCAAUCAUUAUUAGCUACUGCUGGAUGCUUUGGAGCUCCUCAAUGCUUCACGAUAGUUCUAGUUUGGUUCCUUUUGAACCUACUUGUGGAUUCUUGUAGAUCAACUUGUUUUGAUGAAAUUCUCAUGGUGGAGUUUGCUGAUUGGAGCUGUCAACCUUUGUUGGAAUUUGUUGUUGCUGGUUUCAAUUGGUGUUCAUGUGCGACAACAAGAACAUUGUCUGAGGUGUUUUGCCCAUUUGGAGGGCCAAGUAGUCAUGCCUUUGUAGGUUUAGGAUUUUUUCCCUUGACUAUUUUCUGAAUGCAGGGCUUGUAGUUGUUAAAUUCAUCCAUAAGGCUAAAUGGGAGACAUAGUGAUUGAACAUUCAGGGUCGCCACAUUAUGAGGCCUUGAACUUGCAAAAUGUUACAACAUCUGAGAAUGAUGCUGAUCUGGUUCGGAGUUACUGUGGGGGCUUCUUUCCUGAGGGUAGUACACAUGAAGAAAAAUCCACUUGCACCGAAGCCCUCGACAGAGGAUUCUUUGAAUAUGGAUGUUCCCACUAUCGCCGUAGAUGUCGCAUUAGAGCCCCAUGCUGCGAUGAGAUGUUUGACUGCAGGCAUUGUCAUAAUGAAUCUAAGAACAAUAUCAACAUUGACCAGAAACUUCGACAUGAGAUUCCUCGUCACAAGGUGGAAAGGAUUAUAUGCUCACUUUGUAAUACAGAGCAAGAGGUUCGGCAAGUUUGCAUCAAUUGCGGUGUGUGCAUGGGGAGAUAUUUCUGUGAAACGUGUAAGCUAUUUGAUGAUGAUAUAUCCAAAAGACAGUAUCACUGCAGUGGUUGUGGGAUAUGCAGGAUUGGUGGGAUGGAGAACUUCUUCCACUGUCCCAAAUGCAGAUGUUGUCAUUCUGUUCUAUUGAGGAACAGCCACCCCUGUGUAGAGGGGGCAAUGCAUCAUGACUGUCCUGUUUGUUUUGAGUAUCUCUUUGAGUCGAUAAAUGAUGUAACAGUCAUGCCUUGUGGACACACUAUUCAUAAGAACUGUUUGAAGGAGAUGCAGGAACACUACCAAUAUGCUUGUCCUCUCUGCUGUAAGUCGGUAUGUGAUAUGUCAAAGGUGUGGGAGAAAUUUGACAUGGAAAUUGCUGCAACACCAAUGCCCGAACCUUAUCAAGACAAGAAGGUUUGGAUCCUUUGUAAUGAUUGUGGAAUCACCUCAGAAGUGCAAUAUCACUUUGUGGCCCAGAAAUGUCCAUGUUGCAAAUCUUACAACACCCGCCAAACAAGAGGUGGAUAAAAGGACCAAAUAUCAAUAGCCAAUCUGGCUUUCAAGUGAAAAUGAUCCCACACCCUAUGUGGCUAGGGUGGUACCUCUGAGUGGGAAUGAUUGGGCUUUACAAGCUAAGCUUGUAGAAGAAAUAACGGAAAGAAGGGGUUCUAAUAUGAUCCUGCUUGUAACACUUCUGAGGUUAUCGUGUUUUCGCGUUUUAGUAGUACGUGCGUUUUAUAUGCCAGUGCAAUUUUCAAGACACUGAUUAUUUGUUCAGUGUUAGCCCUAUUAUUGUUGGCAUGUGUGAUUCAAUCCUUUAUAGCACAAAGCGAGUUGGACUGUGGCAUGUUAAGUGGCUGAGAGACUUGAUGUGUUGUGUGAUAUGUAUUUUCCAGUUAAUUACUCACUUGAAGAUAAAUUUGUAUUAUUACUUCAUAUUUAUUAAGUAGUAUAUUUCUUUAAGAAAA